UCCAUUACCAAAAGAAAAUUCGGUAGUUACUUAAAUAACACAAUGCCACCUCGCCAACGCAACAAAGUGUCAAAGCCACAAUUAGUCAACCGUAGACUUCCGGGCAGCGGGCAGUCAUAUAAAGCCACGUCUUAAUCAUUCAUCAUCACCUACAAUUAUAACACUAAACGACAUCUAAUGUCUUCAUUCUCUCUUUAAUUACAACCCCCAAUUUAAUUAAUUCAUUACGACUUAAACUUAAUUAAUCUGCAAAAUCUGUAACAGAAACGAGACAAACAAAACAAAUUUAAUAUUCAAAAAAAUCAAAAAUCAAAAAUCAAAAAUUAAAAAACUUUAGUAGAGGUUAUUAUUUUCUCUCUCCAAAGUAGCUAGCUACUAGUAUAUGAACAUCUUCCUUCCCUAUUUCAUGCCUUUCUCUUUCUUCUUUCACAGCGCAUGGGAGGUGAAGAAUCCUCCUCUUCGCCGUCGCCGGAAAAUUUCUCCGGCGACCGGAGCUCCGGUUCUCCGAUACGAGUUCUGGUGUUCUUUCAUAAAGCGUUUAGAGGUGAGCUUGGCGAGCUUGUGCGUAUCGCUGAAGACGCCGUCUCCCCCGCCGGCGACGGCGACGAGUGUGAUAAGCGUCGCCGGAAAACGGCGGCGGUUGAACUUAGGCGGCGGCUUGAGUUCUUCAGGACUGUGUUUUGGUAUCACUGUGCUGCUGAAGAUGAGGUUAUAUUUUUUGCUUUGGAUGCACGUGUGAAAAACAUUGCUUGUACAUAUUACUUAGAACACCAUAUAAUUGAUUCUAUUUUUGAAUCAAUUUUUUCCCGUCUAAAUGGCAUUUUGGAGAACCAUGAGAAUUCAUGUCAAGAAUUCCAAGAACUUACCUUUCACAUUAGCACUCUACAAGGGUCAAUUUGUCAGCAUAUGUUGAAAGAAGAACAACAGGUGUUCCCUCUACUAGUAAGCCAAUUUUCUGAUGAAGAGCAAGGUUUCCUCCUUUGGCAACUAAUGUGUAGCGUCCCUGUGGUGCUCAUGGAGGACCUUUUUCCGUGGUUAGCUUGUUUUCUUGCUCCAGAAGAACAAUUCGAUCUGAAACAUACCAUGAAAAAAAUUGUGCCCCAAGAUAAAAUGCUACAAGAAGUAAUGAUUUCCUGGAUUGAUAAGACUACUCAACCAUCUUCAGGAGGUUGCAUAAAUUAUGACGCAUCAUCUCAGGACUGUCCUGAUGAAGUGGAUGAUUUGAGGGACAGCUUGCUCAAAACCUCUUUUGAUAAAAGUUGUCAGUCGGAGUUGCUGUCAGUUCUUAAGGAUAGCCCAUUUGAUGGCCUUCCUCUUUGGCAUGCUGCCAUUAGAUCUGACUUCAAAGAAAUUCUGGACAAAUUAUAUAAAAUUGGAUCGGAGGAAUCCUCAAGAUUGUCGUCAUUGCUUGUUCGGAUCAACUUCCUAACAGAUGUGCUGAUUUUUUAUAGUGAUGCAUUGGAAAGAAUCUUUUAUCCUUUGCUAGAAGACAUCUCUGUACAUCCUACAUCGUCCUCAUAUAAAGCAUUUCCUUGCAAAAAUGAAAUUGAAGGAUUUCAGAAGAUCAUAUUCAAUGCUACUCAGAUUAAUUUUGCCAAUCCAAGAUUUUUUGAGAUGAUGUGUAAUAAGAUGGAGGAUCUAGUGUUGGUGACUAGUAAGCACUUGUCUUUCCAAGAAACAAAGGUUUUUCCUGUCAUCAGCAAGAACUAUGACUAUGAAACCCAACAGAAAUUAAUCUUCAGAAGUCUUUGUAUGCUGCCCCUUGGCCUGUUAAAGUGUGUGACUACUUGGUUUUCUUCUCAUUUGCCCAAGGAUAAGUUGAAUUGUAUUUUACAUGGAAUUAAGCAAUCUGGUUUUUUUGCUGAACCUUUUGCAUCCCUUUUACAUAGGUGGAUCUGCAUAGGUUACUCAGCCAAAUUUACUAUAAAAGAUUUACAGGAGAUGUUCAGUAGUAGAGUAUCUUACAUGUUUGAGCAGUUUAGACAGAGUGAAGAUCCCGAAAACAAAUUACAGCAUGCCACAACCAAUCAUAUCUCUGUUAACAGCUCCAACUUUUUUCCCCAUUCUUUAAGCAAGUCUUUCCAGCAAACUGAGAAGCAUGGGACAUUGUACUCUAGUGGCAUUAAUUUGCUCGUGUUUUCUUCACGAGCUUUAAAUCAGGUGUAUAACAUUUCUGGAUCUCCCCUUGAAGCAGUUUCUGUUAAUCACCGGGAACCACGGCCAAUGGACCACAUCUAUUAUUUCCACAAAGCUAUAAAAAAAGACCUUGAGUCCCUAGUUCUUGACUCGAAUAAGCUAUAUAAAAACCUAGAAUUUUUUGUGGAGUUUAAUCGACACUUCCGUCUAGUACGAUCUUUGUAUGAGCUUCAUAGUGAAACCGAGGAUCAGGUUGCAUUUCCAGCUCUGGAGGCUAAGCAAAAGGUCCAAAAUCUUACACAGUCUUAUUCACUUGACCACAAACUGGAAGAUGAUUGCUUUAAUAGAGUUUCAGGAAUUUUGGAUCAGAUGUCUGAAUUGUAUGAUACACUUUCUGGUUCUAAUAAUGAAGUAGGUCCAGCGUGUGUAGAGUAUCGUCAAUUGUGUUUAAAACUCCAAGAUAGCUGCAAAUUGCUGGAGAGGAUAUUAAAUGAUCACAUUCAUCGGGAAGAGAUUGAACUUUGGCCUUUAUUUAGAGAGUAUUUCUCCACUGAAGAACAGGAAAAAAUUGUAGGGUACAUGCUUGGAAGAACACGGGCAGAGAUUUUGCAAAAAAUGAUAGUAUGGCUUAUGGCCUGUUUAACAUCAGAAGAGCAACAGGCUAUGAUGAACUACUGGCGCAAAGCUACAAAAUAUACAAAGUUUGAUGAGUGGUUAGGAGAAUGGUGGGAAGGAAUGGAGAGCUAUGUUUGUGCUGAGGUAGAGAAACCAGAAAUUCCUGGUUCAUCAGCAAUGGGCUCCAUAGAUCUUGUCGCGAAGCAUUCAUCUAUGGGUGUUUCUGACCGAGGGAAAAACUCGAAAAUUGGAAAUGUGAAGUUUCCUUACGACGAGGCCAGCACCAUCAACAUGGUUAAGAAAAUGGAAGGUCUUGAUAAGGAAAACAAGAAGCACAAAUCUUCUGAAAAUAUAGUGCUCUUUGGUGAAACAGAGAAACACAAGAGAGAAGGAAAUCUCAAUAAUUCAGUGAGUGAACUAGAGGCGGCAAUAAGAAAGGUGUCACAGGACUCUUCUUUGGAUCUGCAAGAAAAAACACGAAUAAUGCAGGACUUGAGGACAAGCCAUUGGGUUGCGCAAUCACUGCCUGAUUCAAAUGGCUUGAUUACAAGCGAGUCUGGAAGGCUUCCAGGUCAAUUUCCCUCAUAUAGAGACACAGGAGGCUCUAUAUUUGGUUGCAAACACUACAAGCAGAAUUGCAAGCUUGUCGCAGCUUGUUGCAACCAGAUUUUCACUUGCAGACGCUGCCAUGAUGAGGUUUCUGAUCACCUGAUGGAUAGGGAAUCCACAACCCAAAUGAUGUGCAUGAUGUGCUUAGAAAUUCAACCGAUUGGACCCACUUGCCAGACUCCUUCCUGCAACAAGUUUUCUAUGGCAAGACACUAUUGCAAGAUUUGUCGAUUAUUUGACGACAACAGGGAGAUCUAUCACUGCCCCUAUUGUAACUUAUGCCGACUUGGAAAAGGAUUGGGGAUUGAUUACUUCCAUUGCAUGAAAUGUAAUGCAUGCAUGAACCGGUCUCUUUCGUCCUCACAUGUAUGCAGGGAGAAGUGUAUCGAGGAUAAGUGUCCUAUAUGCCAUGAGGACAUGUUUACUUCAAGUGAUCCAGUAAAAGCCCUUGCGUGUGGUCAUUUGAUGCACUCGUCAUGCUUUGAGGAGUACACUUGCACACGCUACACAUGUCCAGUAUGCAGCAAGUCGCUCGGUGACAUGCAGGUGUUAUUUGGAAUGUUGGAUGCACUUUUAGGUGAAGAGAACAUACCAGAGGAGUAUGUAGGCCGGACUCAGGCCAUAUUAUGCAAUGAUUGUGAGAAGAAAGGAACUGCUGCCUACCACUGGCUUCAUCACAAGUGUCCAUUUUGUGGAUCUUACAACACUCGGCUUCUAUGACAUUUACCCUAAAUACAAGACGGAAAAUGGGUAAAUGCAUAAAUAACCUUGUAAAUAGUAUGUUAUGUAUGAUUCAACCAAUUUUGACACAUUCAGUUGGUUAGACAAUUAGAGUAUAUGUCUAGCCGUCUAGUUUUGAAGAAAUAGAAUAGGCGACAUCUUGUUUAAAUAAUGAUAGGUCAUGCUUCUUUGAAGUAUCUAGUUACACGUCGUAAGUACACUUCUUAUGUUCCUUAGUACAUUGAGAGUUCAUGGGACAUCAGAUAUUAGGAUGAUCCCCAAUGAAUAAUAUCAUCUUCAACGACUAUAAUAACGAAAUUCUUUCUGUAUGAAUGACAGUAAUGUAGAAUGGUUUACUAUAUGCUGACUACCAAAAAAUUUAUGACUA